AUGCGCAGGAAGAAUUCAAUUAUUUCGAAGGUCUAUCUAUCUAUCUAUCUAUCUAUCUAUCUAUCUAUCUAUCUAGGUCCGUAUUCAAAAUCUAUCUACUUUUUAUAUGCCAGUCUGUCUGUCUCUUUUGUUCAAAUCUAUCACACUCUGUUCAUAUCUAUCUAUCUAUCUAUCUAUCUAUCUAUCUAUCUAUCUAUCUAUCUAUCUAUGUCCUCUGUCAGUCUCUCUUUAUUCAAAUAUUUACACUUUGUUCAUAUCUAUCUAUCUAUCUAUCUAUCUAUCAAGGUCCGUCUUCCUAAUCUAUCUACUUAUUAUACGCCAGUCUGUCAGUCUCUUUUUGUUAAAAAUCUAUCACAUUCUGUUCAUAUCUAUCUAUCUAUCUAUCUAUCUAUCUAUCUAUCUAUCUAUCUAUUUAUUAAUAUCUAUCUGUCUAUCUAUUUAUCUAUCUAUCUAUUUCAGACUGUUCAUAUCUACCCCAGUUUAUUAAUAUCUAUCUGUCUAUCUAUUUAUCUAUCUUAUUCUGCUCAUAUCUAUCUAUCUAUCUAUCUAUCUAUCUAUCUAUGUGUCUCGAACAUAAAUGGUGUGUCUUUUGAUCACGCUAUCCAUGAUCCUCUUUCAAAGCGUCACGUCUCACACUUUCUCUCUUUUUCACUCUCCCUCAUUCUCUCUGUCAAACUCUCUCUUUCUCACUCUUUCUUUGUUUUUAAAAAUAUUUUAUUUAAAAAAUAUCCAUCUCACCUUAUCUAUCUAUCUAUCUAUCUAUCUAGUUAG